AUGGGUGGUAGUGUGGGUGACAGAAAGAAUAAUCUCUUCCUUCUUGUGCGACCAAAUCUACGCUUCGAAGCACUAACAUCCCCAACCAUCGAUCUCUUUUCUUCCCUCUUUCUUUCUUUCUUUCUUUCUUUCUUUUUCACACACACACACACACACACACUGGUUUUCUCUCCAUUUCUCUUUGCCUUAACCAUUCCCCUCUGUUUACUUACUGUCUUAUUUUCUUUUCCAUUCAUUUCUAUUUAUUCUCUCUCUCUCUCUCUUUCUCUCUCUCUCUCUCUCUUUCUCUCAUUCCCUAAACUCACUCACUCACUCAGAUUCUAUAUAUCUCCCUUUUUCUCAGUUUCUCCUAAUCCCCGCUUCAAUCUAUCUAUAUUUCUUCUUCAUAUUUCCAUUUACUUACUCUCUCUCUCUCUCUUUUUCUUUAUUUCAUUCUCUUUCUCAUCCCUUUCUCUCUCAUUCUCUAUUUAUCUCUUUUUCAUUCUCUCUUCCGCUAACCCUUUCUCUCUCUCUCUCUCUCUCUCUCUCUCUCUCUCUCUCUCUCUCUCUUUAUGUGUUUGUGGGAGUCGGUUUCAAACCUCUACUUUCAUUCCUUUAUCAUCUCGUUUCCAUCUCGCCUUAUGGUUCUGCUGA